UUUCCUGUACCACUAGUACUCUGUCUGCGGUGUCCUUUCCAGUAUGCGCGCUGGCCCCUGAAGGCGGGACUCGACGUGCUCGCCAGUGGCUUACGAUGCAGAUUCUCUACCCUGCGUUGUGCGGCAGGCGCCGGGAAGCGUGGGACCGGGCGGGGUGGGAGGGAGCUGUUUACGGACGGACGGACGGACGGUUACGUGUUGGUGCGUCGGGUCCGGACUGGAGGUCGGAGACGGUGCGCAUGGCAGCGAGCGGGAUGUGUGUGUGGGUGGGUGAGUCAGCAUGCCAUCGACGGCGGGUUUGUUUGUCAUUUGGCGCCAUGAAAGGACUGGGAGGAGUAGCCAGAGCCGGAGGAGGACCAUCACCAGAGCUGUGCACGGGCGAGGAGUAGGCUUGGCGGAAUAAGGACAGCGCGUUUGCUGAUGCUCCAUCCAUGACCCGAUGACGUCGACCCUGGUCCUCCUCAAAACCAGAGUCACUUCAAGGCGCCGCAUCCUCUCGCCCACUCAUUUUUGUCCUGUUUCAGUCCGAACGGCCCCUCAUUCCCGCCACCUCCGUCUUAUACCACCCUAACUGCUCACCACCCUCCACUUUCCAGAUACCCCCACAUCGGCUCCCACAAGACCUCGCCAUUCCUCUCCAGAACAGCUAGGUCAAGAUUCUUGCCCCUCUCCCACCCGUCAUGUCUGCGAUAAAAAAGGUUAUCGCAAAAGUCACCUCGCCCGGUCAUUCCCCAACGUCCUCCACUCACGAUGCAUCCCUCGAAUCCCCGAAGCGUUCGCGCUCCCCCUCUUCCAGGAGUUCAUCCACUCACUCUACCUCUACCUCGGUAGAACACGACGGCCACACUCAGCGUGAUGGCGGCCGCAAGCCGAAUCGUGUCUCUUCCCUCAUCUCUCACAUUCGUCCCCACAGCGCGCACUCAAAGCAUCGCGAGCCCUUCUUCCCUGUCAAACGACACUCCUACAACUCCGCUCACGCGACCAACGGUUUCGUUCACAAAGACGCACACCCCGAUGAGACCGCACAUUCGCAUCAGAUUGUCAGGCCCAGCUCCGACCACAAGCUCUCUAUGACCGAGGAGAAGGUCCAGAGGCAGGAAGACAGGGAGGUUCAAGAUGAGCACGCCGCUCAGACUCGCAAGCAAAAGCAUCUCGAGGCAUGGAAAAUCGUGCGUCGGCAGUCCAUGUCACUCUCUUGACAAAA